AUGGUAAAGAUGCUGCGCAACCUCAUCCGCUACGUGGGCCUCGUCCUCGUGCUGCUGUUCUUCAUUACCAACGGCAUCGACAAGUUGGCGGCGCCGUCAGUGGGCGCGGCGUUUCUCGCGAAGAGCAACUUUCCUCGCAUGGUGGCCAAAAUGGGUAUCAAGCUCUCGCCAUCGGAAUACAUCUACGUCGUUCGCACCGCCGGUGUAAUGUCUGUGACUUUCUCGCUUUUUAUUUUGCUCGGAGUUGGGCGUAGCUUCUUCUCCUUCCUGAUGGCGAUUGGAAUGAUCCUCACCACGGUUGCGUUCUACGUCGACCUUGACUACCCGUUUGACACUGCCGAAGAGAACGUUCAUCACAUUCUUAAGAAUGCGUCCCUCGUUGGCGCGCUGCUGUUUGUGACAGGUAGUGGCCACCGAAGCCGUCGGUACAGCCAAGCCCGUGUGGCGCCGGACAGCAGUCGGGCAAAGAAGAACAAUUGA